GAGGGCUCACAAGCCAAUAAAGCCGAUCACUUUCUUUCAAAAUCAAUUCACGCAUUUCACUCCAUUAUAAAAUCUGACUUCCACUUCCCGUUUGAUAAAAUCCCUACUCCGCUGAUCACUUCCAAACCACUCCCAAAAUCUCGCUACUUUAUAUAGUUCAGUCAUAGAGCUCAAAACAACACAUUUUGGUCUGUUCACCUAGCCACCCUGAUUUUUGUUUUUUUUCCAUUUAAAUCUCAAAAUUUUGGUUUUUGGCCUUCUGGGUACCUGAGAUUCUACUUUUUAGGAGUAUCUGUGAUCUGGGUAUCUUCAGUUUUGGCUCAAGAUCCAUUGCCAACUUUUCUCAGAUUUAGCUGUUUUAUUCUUGGAGCUCUGUUUUGGGUUUUAUGGUUUUAAUAGUGUAACUCCAUCAAUGACCUUGAAUAUGUCACUGACUCUUAACUUAAUAAUAAUUAUCUUUGUGUGAUCUAUACUUUACUUGGUUGCUUAGAUAAUAGAUCACAUCUCUUACUUUACUGGGGUUUGGGUUCAGUUUUGAGUGCACAUUUUCUGAUCUGUUACCAUUAAACUAGAAUGGAUUCUUGCUGUGUGACCUUGAAACCGAACGCCCAUUUGAGAAAACCAAGUGGUCUUUGUAAUGGUGAUGGUGGGUUUUGGGGGGAGAGAGUUAGAGGGAGCCUUAAUAACAAGCUUUGGGACAAUCGGUUGACAAAGGCUUUGAGAGCUGAGAAGAGGGCCAAGAAGGUGAAAUCUGGAGUUGUUCUUUCUGUUCUUACAUCAAGUAACACCGAGGCUGUGGCUGUGCAAAUGCCACCUAUAUAUAGACGGAGAGUAGACCCCAAGAAUGUAGCUUCAAUCAUUUUAGGAGGAGGCGCAGGGACUCAGCUCUUUCCUCUUACCAUAAGAUCAGCAACACCUGCAGUCCCAGUUGGAGGAUGCUACCGUCUUAUAGACAUUCCAAUGAGCAAUUGCAUCAACAGCAAUAUAAACAAGAUUUUUGUACUGACGCAGUUUAAUUCUGCUUCUCUCAAUCGUCACAUUGCUCGCACCUAUUUUGGAAAUGGUAUCAACUUUGGGGAAGGAUUUGUAGAGAUUCUGGCAGCCACUCAAACGCCUGGGGAGGCAGGAAUGAAUUGGUUCCAAGGAACAGCAGAUGCUGUGAGGCAAUUUAUAUGGGUAUUUGAGGAUGCCAAAAACAGGAAUGUUGAGAAUGUACUGAUUUUGUGUGGAGAUCAUCUUUACCGAAUGGAUUAUACAGACUUUGUGCAGAGUCACGUUGAUAGAAAUGCUGAUAUUACAAUUUCAUGUGCCGCAGUGGGUGACAGCCGUGCGUCGGAUUAUGGAUUGGUGAAGAUAGACAGCAGAGGUAAAGUCAUCCAGUUUACUGAAAAACCAAGGGGAGCUGAUCUAAAAGCAAUGCAAACAGAUACCACGCUUCUGGGAUUGUCCCCACAAGAUGCCAUGAAAUCCCCAUAUGUUGCAUCAAUGGGAGUUUAUGUAUUUAAGACAGAAAUUUUGCUAAAUCUUCUGAGGUGGAGAUAUCCAACAUCAAACGACUUCGGGUCUGAAAUCAUUCCUGCAGCAGUGAGAGAGCACAAAGUUCAAGCAUUUAUGUUCAGAGAAUACUGGGAGGACAUUGGAACUAUAAAGUCUUUCUAUGAUGCUAACUUGGCCCUCACCAAAGAGUUCGCGAAGUUUCAUUUCUAUGACCCAAAGACACCUAUCUUUACCUCUCCUCGAUUCUUACCACCAACCAAGAUUGACAAGUGCCGGAUUGUGGAUGCAAUAAUAUCACAUGGAUGUUUCUUGCGAGAAUGUAGUGUCCAGCAUUCAAUUGUAGGUGAACGUUCACGAUUGGAUUAUGGUGUUGAGCUGAAGGAUGCUAUAAUGAUGGGUGCAGACUAUUACCAAACUGAAACUGAAAUUGCAUCUCUGCUUGCGGAGGGGAAGGUCCCAGUUGGUAUUGGAAGGAAUACAAAGAUUAGGAAUUGUAUAAUUGAUAAGAAUGCAAAGAUAGGGAAGGACGCAGUGAUCGUGAACAAAGAUGGGGUUCGAGAAGCAGAUAGGCCAGAAGAGGGAUUUUACAUUCGUGAGGGAAUCACAAUUAUUCUGGAGAAGGCAACAAUACAAGAUGGCAUGGUUAUAUGAUGGAUCUUAACAUCUCAAGUACUUUUCAACACAGUUGAAAAAUGGUGGUGGGAAAGAGACUUGCAAACGUUUGGAUCUUAACAUCUCAAGUGCAUUUGGCAGCUGAGGGGUAUAGCUUCUGCAGCAUUUUGCCUUUUAAACUAGAAAAAUCCUUCCGUACUUGUAAAAAUGGAGUUUAUAAGCUUAUAAGAGUUCUAGAGUCACCAGAUGUACAAAAAUAAGCUACAGCAGCUGACCCGCCGCCGGCUGCUUUCAUCCUUCAUGGAGGUGAUAUAUCCAUAAGAACCUAUGAACUUUCUGUAUCAAUAUUGAUUAUGAAUAAUGUUUGAAA